AUGAAGAUGUAUCAAGCCAAAUGCAUGCCUGAGCCCACGGACCGAAAAGAGCGUAACCUUUUUCGUUUCGGAAAUGGCCAUGAAGAGGUCUCAGAGCGCGUAGUGUCCAUGCCGAUUUCAAUCAAAGGAUCAGCCCCGCUGUUGCUCAGUAGGAACACGAUGAAGCGCCUGAAUGCAGUGCUGGAUUUUUCAGCCGAGACCUUGUCUCUUGGAGGCGGCCCUCCAAAACCUCUCCAGGUGAACUCCGCAGGUCAGUACGUCAUUGAUGUUCUGAACACUGAGUCUGAGGUGCUGAUGACCGAGAAGGUUGAUGAGAUGCUGAAUGAAGAGAUGCCUGAACUCCUGGUUUGUUGCCCGGAAUGCAAGCACUGGGGCGGUUGGUACCGCCUGAAUCAGCACAAGCUAAGCCUAGCCGAGAGACUUCACAACAAGAAGGUGGCGGAGAAGCAAGCAGAUUUCGUCGCCCAACAAGCUCGCAAACAGCUGCACCGUGGCGGCAGGGUUCUCAUCGAGCACCCAUGGACCAGUGACUUGUGGGAUCACCCCCCAAUUGCAAAGAUGCUAGAUCAAGGAGGGCUUUUGACCAAGUGCAAAGCCCACAUGUGUGCAUAUGGCCUUACAGGCCCUGAUUCCGAUCAGCCGAUCAAGAAGAUGACUGGCCUUGCAGUCUCGCAUCCCGACAUGGAAUCCCUUGCCCUAACGUGUCCAGAAUCUCAGUUCAAGGUGCGAAAAGUGCGAGAUGCCUUGACUCCAGAGGUGAUGAUGGCUCGCGAGAUUCUUGCUCGAUUUGAGCGUCACGGUCCUCCCGUGGAAAUGAGCGGUGGAUCGAUGCAUGAUGGUAGCAAACGUCUGCGUGAGACUGAGGAGUGGGACGCCAUCAGCUAUGAAGAUUCCACUGGUGAGUUUAUGGAUCACUUGUCAGGUUUGACCACUACUGGCAAACAGGAUCCAAUCGUGACGAAGCCCAAGGAUUCCAAGAUCACUUUUCCACCUGGAGUUUCUUCGUUGGUCGAUUGGGGCACUACGAUUUGCCGUUUACCGAGAGUAGCAAGCUUGAAUGCCUCAUACGAGGAAUUGACCCGCAUGCCUGAUCAGCAGCCAUAUUUGAAAUGGGUUGCUGAACAUGGUGCCUCUCGUGGAGGUCGAUUCGAAGAUUUCUCUUUGUAUCUGAAGGCAACGAAGUUGCCCGCACUUUCCGCCGAGCAGUGUUUUCCAGGCACUUCCGUGCCACGUGAACGUAAAUCAGAUGUGUGA